AUGUUUACCAGUAGCCAUGGAAACUCGCGUUCUCGGCAUUCCAAAGUGGGGACCAACUUUACAGCUCGUGAAUCUGAUUGGUCAGUAGCUGCAGCUGGCGGGAGGACACCGCAUGCAGACCGGCAACAGCCGCUUCUUCUUUAUCUCCCGCCACCUGCAGCUGUUCCUCAGUCGUCGAGAAAGAGAGGUUGGCGAGAAGGAGACUUCGUGCAAGCUCCCGCAGUUUCCUUCACCAAAUUACGAAAUUCGCUGGAGAUGUGUUAACGCCCCCUUUGUCGCGGCGGAGAGGGCGUUUGGGAGUCAGUUUUUAUUGGGGAUUUGUACAGCUGGUUCCGGGUGAGAACGAGAGAAAUUUGUGUUUCUACUGCAGUGGAGUACAAAUAGAGGAAGUCGUCAGCAGUUUUUUAGUUUACCAGGAAUCGUUCGCAGUCUCCGGAUCGUUGGAAGAGUUGUGUGGCAAGCCGAGCGAGCAGCGGCGGGGACGAUGAGCAGCGACAAGAGCGAGAGCGAGUCGACGCUGAACGGGCCGGUGCUGGUGAACGGGAUGGAGAUGGAGGGAGCUGGACGGGAGUCGCCCGGUGUGGGGGUCAGCGGGAACAAGCCAAUGGUGAACGGCGACCUGCGAGACGUGGGAGACGGCGGCGAGGCCGACUUUGUCGCAGUUAAGACACCGCUCGACGGCAUUAACAACUCUACACACGAAGACGCGGCAGUGAAGCAAUCUUCCUCAGUGUCCCUGAUAGUUAGUGGUGGGUCUGCGAAAGCAGCUAUUGGCGCCACUAGCAAGCCUCGCUCCUCGUCCUACCACUCCAGACCCCAGCAGCACAGACUUCCUCCCCUUGGCUACUAUCGCUAUGUCCUACCUGCCACCCACCAGCCCACACCUCUCUUCUACUCUCCUCAGACCUACCUUGGAAGUGGAGGUAUGCAGGGAGGAGGUAUGCAGGGAGGAGGUAUGCAGGGAGGAGGUAGCCAACUCAGCAGUACCAAUCUGUACAUCCGCGGACUCUCUGAGAAAUGCUGCGAUGAAGAUCUCACACGCAUGUGCCAGCAGUAUGGGAAGAUUGUCUCGACCAAAGCCAUUCUAGACAAGGAGACCAACUGUUGCAAAGGAUAUGGAUUUGUUGACUUUGAGAACCCAGCGGAUGCGAUGAGGGCAGUACACAGUCUCAUGGCUGCCGGAGUGAUGGCUCAGUUUGCCAAGGUACCACAGCAACAAGAACAAGACCCCACUAAUCUCUACUUCUCCAAUCUCCCAAAGACCUUUGAUGAAAAGGAACUGGAGGGUCUGGUGUCUCCAUAUGGAGCCAUCAUUAGCACCAGGAUCCUCAGAGACCAGAACAACACAAGUAGAGGAGUGGGAUUUGUCAGGCUGGACACGAAGGAGAGCUGCGAGAAAACGAUAGAGAUGUUGAACGGGAGCACCCUGCAGGACUCCUCGGAGCCUCUCAUGGUCAAGUUUGCCGACAGCAGCUCCAACAAGAAGAGACAGUAUGUCACAGGUCGCUGGAGAGACAUAGAGUACAUGUAUGAUGGGAGUCACAUGCUGGCUCAGAAUGGACUGGUUGGGUCAAGAGUGGUACAGCAAGGCAUGUUGGCCUCACAGUAUCUGCAGACCCCCACCCACCAAAUGUCUGGGUAUCAGGUAAAGCCUUUGUGACCUCACUGUGGAUAGUUCUCUCUCUCUACCUUCUUACCAUCCACCCCCUCCUUCUCUCUCUCUCCCUCCCUCUCUCUACUCUCUCCAGGUCCCAGUCUCACAGACUAUGUCCACUGGAGCAUGGCAGCCAACAUACUAUGUACAACCUUCUACACAGGCGGCUCUGGGAACCAGCAGUGGUGUGGAGGGUGUGGCCUCCAACAUCUCCUCACAUCUGAACCAUCUCCACAUCUCCACCUCCUCACCGUACAACACGGCCACACCACACCAGCCAGCCGGCUACACUGCGUCUCAUACGACGGGGGCCACCUACCAAUUUGCACCCCACACUGCACCAGUGACUCAGUACGCUCAGCAGACUGGUGCCGGCUGGACUUUCUCCCACCACCUCCCUCAGCAGGACCAUGUGUCGGAGGUACAGAAUGGGAACAGCGAGGGCAAGGGUCAUAUGCAAGUGUUUCAAGCCACUGCAGACCACACACCCUCAUUAGGGAAAGAUGACCAGCACUCUAUUCAUCUCUACUACCCUAAUAACUGGGUGGGGAAAUGAGGGCACACGGUUCAAAGGUCACGUAUCCUCCACAGAUGACUGUCAGCUCUAAAACAUUUUCACACAAGCAUUUUUCUGCCGUUUUUUUGUCUCUUCGCUUUUUGUCUUCAGAAGUCCCUUCUGUUUGUGUCAGCAACCAACGGACCACUUACAAUGCUCUCUCUCUGUCCGACUAAUAAUAGAUCUGCAACCCUCACCCCCUCCUCCCCUCACAUGUACUGUCCAUCACUGUGACUCCGCCCACCCGUUGGGCGGAGGUCAUAGGUCACCUCACCAGAUUUACAUAUGUCAUGAUGGUUUCAACUCCUGUCUUUGUCAACACUGCUGCAUAGCGCAUGCGCUGCUGCAUGCGCUGCUACUGCGCAAUGGGUCAACAACUCGUUAUGGUGUUGAUCAUGCA